CAGAAAGAAGCACCUCUUGCAUCAGCGACUGCCCCGCACACACUUUCUGCCUCAACUCCAUUGAUGUAUUUGCCUCGCUGUUGUAUCCCACUGCCAGGGCUGAGUCCAACGUGGGAGCAGCAGAGCGAAUAGUAGUGACACUGGCACCAGUCGCACGGGCAUCUCCAUUUUCUGCAGCCGGCUGCGCACUCCAUCUGGCCCAAUGACGAGUCCAAGCUGAGAGUCACAGGCUGCCCUGGGACAGACGAGAGGAAACAUAAGAGACUCGGUGAGCGGAACAAGUGUCAUUGCACCUGUUGGAGCGGCCACAGGAAUCAACAAACUUUCCCUACAAGCUGCUCCCGGAGGUCUCCCCACUGCCCCACUACCAGCAGCCCUGCCUGCUCCCCAUCCAUCAUCGCACUAGAGAGGGGGGCACCCCGGGAAGCUGCUGUGAAUGUACAGCAUGAUGAUGGAGACGGACUUACACUCCCCCGGGGUGCAGCCCCCUAACAAUACAGGGCAAGGCGGGGGCAAUAAAGCCAGUCAGGACCGGGUCAAGCGACCCAUGAACGCCUUUAUGGUUUGGUCCAGAGGCCAGAGGAGGAAGAUGGCCCAGGAGAACCCCAAGAUGCACAACUCGGAGAUCAGCAAGAGGCUAGGGGCCGAGUGGAAAGUUAUGUCGGAGGCUGAGAAGAGACCCUUCAUUGACGAGGCCAAGAGACUGCGCGCCCUGCACAUGAAGGAACACCCGGAUUAUAAAUACCGGCCGAGGCGAAAAACCAAGACCCUGCUGAAGAAGGACAAGUACUCUCUAGCUGGGGGGCUGCUGCACGCGGCCGGAGGAGGCCACAUGGGGGUCGGCCUGAGUCCAGGUGGAGGCGGAGGAGGAUGUGGGGGAGCGGGAGGGAUGGUGGUACAACGCAUGGAAAGUCCCGGCUCAGGAGCUUCUACGGGCGGAUACGCUCAUAUGAACGGCUGGGCCAAUGGCGCUUACCCGGGCUCUGUAGCCGCUGCUGCCGCGGCUGCCAUGAUGCAAGAAGCUCAACUUGCCUACAGUCAACAGCAGCAACAGCACCCUGGCAGCGGGGGACACCACCCGCACCAUCAUCCCCACCACCCUCACCAUCACCCGCAUCACCACCCGCACCACAACCCCACGUCACACCCGACGCCGCCCCAGCCCAUGCACCGUUACGACAUGAGCGCCCUCCAGUACAGCCCGCUGCCCGGAGCCCAGACCUAUAUGAGCGCAUCUCCCUCCAGCUACGGGGCUCUGAGCUACAGCUCCAGCCAACAGCAGCACCAGGGCUCUCCGUCCUCAGCCGCAGUGGCGGCGGCUGCAGCUGCCGCUUCAUCAGGUGCCCUAGGGGUACUGGGAUCCCUGGUCAAAUCCGAACCCAGUGUCAGUCCCCCAGUGAGUGGAGGAGGCUCCCACAACCGGCCGCCCUGCCCCGGAGAUCUACGAGAGAUGAUCAGCAUGUACUUGCCUGGUGGGGGGGAAGCCGGGGAUCCGGCAGCUGCUGCGGCAGCGGCAGCAGCAGCAGCAGCAGCAGCAGCAACUAGCAGACUUCACAGCCUACCCCAACACUACCAGGGGACAGGUACGGGGAUAACCAGCACCAUGCCACUGACACACAUCUGAGGGACUCUCUGAAGCAGGACAGUAACAGUGACAUGGAUACGUGAUGUAGGGGACUGUGCUCAUCCUUUUAGAGACAAUGCGUCCAGCCUGCUCAUCAAGGAUCGGGCAGCACACUUGCCUCCACUUUGCCACAACUGCCCUCUCUUUUUCUUUUGUACAGAGAUCUUCUGAUGUUCUUGUAAGAAAUUUAAGUCUCAGAUCCGUGCUAAAAAUACAGCAAAAUGAACAGAAAGUCCUGAUUUGUUGCUCUUUAUAAAAACUAAAUGAUAUUUCUAAGAUAGUUUUAGAACGAAAAAAAAAUGUGUUUUAUUGUUUUUUUGUACAGUAUUUAUAAGUCUAGAAAGCACCCAGUUUUAUUUGUACUUACACAAACACCUGCCAUACCUCGGUUCUCUUUUGUUUUGAAAGACUAUUAAUGCAUUAAAUAUUAUUUGGGAUCUUUAUCCAAGUGUCUCACUUGUCCCAUUGGGAUCAAUUUCGAUACCAGCUACAAAGUUUUAUAGAUGUUGCCGUUUAUUUAUAACACUUUCUCCAAACUACAAGUUAUUGUAGCUUUUGUUUGUAUCUGUUUAUGUACCCGAUUCCCUCAUUUUUUUUGUAUCAUUUCUUGUAAAUUCCUGGUGAGAUAUUUUUUUUUUUAAUUCAUAUUGUGUACAUAGUUUAUCCAACGUCCUCUCUGCCUAAAGAGAACAAAUACUCAUAUACUCAGAAGGAUGAAUUGAAUUUUCAGCUAAAUAAAUUUUCAACUGAAAAGAAAUAAUGUUGCUUCUUUUAUCAACUAAAUUCCGAUGUUUAGCGGAUACGGGGCCUCUGAUUUAUUUGAAAAAAAAAAAAAGGCUAUAACACCGCAGUUUCAACAAUGUGUCAUUGUCACUUAGCUGUAAGAUAUUAUGAAUAAUUAUUGGUUCCUUUGAUGCCAUCAUAAAAUAAUAUUUCGUUGAAUUGAUCGGUAACUUUCAUUAUAUCCCUAGAUUUGUUAGAAAUAAUCUGCAAAAUAAUGUAAAAAAAAAAAAGUGUACAAAGUUUGUAUGUAUAAUUUUCAUUAUUUCGUGUUAUCGCAGCGUCAGCUACAAACGAAUUAAAUCAAAACAAAUAAACAUAUACAGUUGAGCUACAA